GGCGGGGGUGCUGUGGUGCGUUAGUAGUUCCUUGCAGCCUCGAACCCUUGGGCUCAAGCGAUCCUCCCACCUCACCCUCCAGAGUUGCUGGGACUACAGAAAUGUGGAAGGUCCCCGAUGGCUCCCAGCCCGGCUCAUCUGCCCCUACUCCAGUCCCCCGCUCCCGUGCAGGUGGGGCCACCGAUUCCCUCAUUCAGGAGGAUGACCAACGUCCCGCUUCAACAAAUCCCUCAUUCCAGUGCGACACGACGGAGCAGGGCCCCAACGUGGGGGCAACUGAAGGCGCUGACUUCCCAAGCUGAACGUCUGGUGCAGGAGCAUGGCGGGAAUGCUUCUGAUCCUGCUACCCUGUUCCUGUCUAUGAUGACUGUGGUCGCCUGCCAGUCUGUGUCUGAGGAGGAGAACGGGCCAUCUGAGAACUCAGAAUAGAGGUCCACAAACUGUGCUUAAAAGAAAAAGAAAAGGAGGAGAUGAAGGAGACAGAAGACAUAAGCUGACAAGGUCCUUGUGUUCCCGGCCUGGCUCCAACAAGAGCUUGGCCAGUACUUCCUUCUCUCGAUGUUUGCCCCUGAGAGUGUUGAUUUAGUAGGAUUAAGAUAGUGUGACCUCUAGUCUGCGUAGGCUGGAUGUAGCCUGCUUUAAUAAUAACUUUACUUAAAACUUCAGAGAACAUAGAUGUUAGUAGUUUUACGUAGACUCCCAAAUAAACAAAGAUGUAGUGUUAUAGUAAUCUUGCCAAGAAAGUCACAAGCAUUAACCUUUUUCUUGCUGAUGUUAGCAUUAAGCUAUUUUCUGUUUAUGUAGUUUGGUCUUAUAUAAAGGGCAUGCUGUGAGAAUAAAAUGGCUCUCACCUAUCUAGGAGAGAGUCCUCUCAAUC